AAGAUGGAGUAUGGCUUCGCUGAGUCAGCCUUUGCGCGAGCUGCGGGGACCUCUGCUCCCACCCAAGGACCUGGGGGAGGAGGACGAGGAUUAUCUGAGGGAGGAUGCGGAGGAGGAUGAGGACACGGUGUUUGUGGACGCCGAGGAGCUCUGCAGCGGGGGCGUCAGGGCUGGCGGUCUCCCUGAGCGGCUCCGUGUUUCCAUUUUUGAUGAAAACACUCACCAGCAAUGUGACGUGUUUGGACGUUUCCCAUUAAUGGGUGCAUGGUGGCGAGUGAAGGUACAGGUAAAGCCUGUGGGAUCAAGGAGCUAUCAAGUUCAAGGAUUUCCAUCUUACUUUUUACAGUCAGAUAUGUCACCACCCGAUCAGAAGCAUAUCUGUUCCCUCUUUCUUAAAGACUGUAAUGUCUCCGAGGAAGACAGAAUUAAAUUUUUAGCAUGGGUACGUGGUAAAUCAAGUUAUCAAGACCUUAACUUUGAAAAUCUUAGGCAACAAUUAAGAACUUACCAAAAGGAAAUUGAAAGGAAUAGUAAAAAACAAUCUACACAGGAAACGCAAGAAGAGUCACUACCAGAUUAUGAGAUUCCGCUUCCUGUGGAAAAUACAAUUCCAUUUGUAACUGUGAUGAGAGCUUUGCGGUUUCCAAAAAUAAUGGAGUUCCUUCCAGUUCUUCUGCCCCGACACUUUAAACAGCUCGUAAGCUCAGAUUCUGUAAAGGUGUUGGAAAAGCUGGAAGAGAUUUUAGGUACACAGCCAUGGAAACUCGGAUUUCGUAAAAUAACCUGUAGGGAGCUGAAGCUUUUGCGAUGUGAGGCAAGUUGGACAUCGUUUUGUCAGUGCAAGUCUCUUCUCCAGCUGAUGAGUGAUUUGGAGAAGAAUGCAUUAGUAAUAUAUUUUGAACUGAAGCAGAUAUGUAGAGAGCAGGGGCACACGUGUGUUGAAGAAGCUGACUUAACUUCUGAAUUGUCAGACCGCAUGUCUUUUUAUGACGUUUGGCAGUCUCUGAAGUUCUUGAAGGAUAUCGGUGUGGUGACGUAUGAGAAGGGCUGUGUCUUUCUUUAUGACCUUUACCAGGCUGAACGAGGCAUUGCCUCUUCAAUCUGUGACCUGAUGACAAGGCCACCAUGGCAAUUACAUGUCGAUGUCAAGAAGGUGCUGGCGUCUAUUCAUAGCGCAAGGCCUGAGAAUUCAGCAAGUGAUGAUACGCCCAAUAGAAGUAAACCCGAUGAAACAAGAUCAGAAGAUCCUGUGGAUAUCUGGGACACGCAGGACAGCGGAGACCAUAUUUGGGAUAAUGGUGAAGAUGAAGUUAAUGCAGAAAUAAGUGAAGUUCACCUGGAUCAGGAUCAGGUCACUGCCUUGGGCAUGAUUUGCUCCAACGCUGUGACAGUCGUAAGUGGGAAAGGCGGCUGUGGGAAGACCACAAUUGUUAGCCAGCUUUUUAAGCAUAUAGAGCUCUUGGAAGAAAGAGAAGUGAAAAAAGCUUGCGAAGAUUUUGAACAAGAUCAGAAUGUGCCAGAAGAAUGGAUUACCUUCACCAGGCAAAGUCAGCCGAAGCCGGCCAAGCCUAUAGAAGUUUUACUUACAGCGCCUACAGGGAAAGCAGCUGGCUUACUGAGACAGAAAACUGGUUUUAACGCUUAUACGCUAUGUCAGGUCAAUUAUAGCUUCUACUUAUGGGAGAAAAAAAAAAUGACCAAGGACACGCCAUGGAAAUUUUCUUCGGUUAGAGUUCUGGUUGUGGAUGAAGGGAGUUUGGUAUCUGUGGGAAUCUUUAAAUCAGUUUUAAAUUUAUUGUGUGAGCACUCCCAACUUUCUAAGCUUAUUAUUCUUGGUGAUAUUAGACAGUUACCCAGUAUUGAACCUGGUAACUUGCUGAAAGAUCUUUUUGAGACUCUCAAGUCAAGGAAUUGUGCUAUUGAACUAAAGACGAACCAUAGAGCAGAAUCUGAACUAAUUGUGAACAAUGCUACAAGAAUCUCAAGACGCCAGUUUCCAACAUUUGAUGCAGAGCUGAAUAUCUCUGAUGAUCCAACAUUCCCUGUCUCAGUACAAGAUAAAUCAUUUAUUUUUGUCAGACUCCCAGAAGAAGAUGCCAGUUCUCAGUUCUCAAAAAGUAAUCAUCACUCUUAUUUAUAUUCUGCAGUGAGUACUUUACUCAAAGAAAAGGACCUAGAAGACGCAAAAACAUCACAAUUUAUUGCAUUUAGAAGACAGGACUGUGAUGUGAUCAACGCCUGCUGCUGUAAGCACUACACGGGCCAUCUAAUCAAAAACCAUCAGAAUAGACUUGAAUUUGGAGUUGGUGAUAAAAUUUGUUGUACCAGGAAUGCAUAUCUCUCAGAGUUACUCCCUGAAAGUACCUACAACAGUCAACAAAAUAAUGAACUAAAGGCCAGUGGCGAGGACUUUAAUGGUACUCCUCAUGGUUUUGCUAAAAAUAAGCAUGACUUUGAAAGUGGUAUUCGACUCUGCAACGGAGAAGUAUUUUUCAUAACAGGGGAUAAAACUGAUAUAACUUUUGGAAAGAAAAGAUUUUUGACCAUUAAUAAUAUGGCUGGCUUCGAAGUAACUGUGGAUUUUGGGAAACUAAUGCAGUAUUGUCACAUAAAACAUGCAUGGGCAAGAACUAUUCACACUUUUCAGGGAUCGGAGGAGAAGACAGUCGUGUAUGUGGUCGGGAAGGCCGGCCGCCAGCACUGGCAGCAUGUGUACACCGCGGUGACCCGGGGCCGCUGCAGAGUGUAUGUCAUUGCAGAAGAGUCUCAGCUUCGGAGUGCAGUUACAAAAAUCAGUGUUCGCAGAAAAACUCGUUUAAAACAUUUUUUGCAAAACAAGCUCUCCGAGAGCUGUGCAUCACCAGCAGAGUUUGCAUCCCCAUCAAAGAGCCCUGAAGACAGCAGGAGACCCAGCACACAGCCGUCAGCAUCCCCACUCCCUACAGUCACAGCUGACAUGGUGACAGAUGAUGUCCCCAGAAGGAGGGCCUCUGUGGCUGGUGACACGCUGUUUGCCUUUGCUGAAGGAUGGAAAUCAUCUGAUGAAGUGCAUAUACCUGAGGAUCCAUCACAAUCUAGAGGGUCCAAAAGAACGAGCUGCGUGAACAAUGCUGAAAGUCCAAACAAAGUUCUUAUGGUGGAAGAAGCGUCUCCACAAGUGUCUUCAAAACUUGAGAAUUUGAGGCUAAAUAAUUUAACCCCCAGGCAACUUUUCAAACCCACAAAUAAUCAAGAAACUUAGUUUUAUUUCAGAUUGCUCAAAAUAAUUGUCUAUUUUUUUUCCUAUUCAACACAAAAUGAACGUCAUAGCUUCAAAGGAUCAAGAUAAAAGUGGAUGUCCAUUAACUGAAGUUUUAUUUUAAGGCAUUUGUGUCAGCAAUGUUUUAAAAUCAUUCAUCAAAGAAAACGUUAAUGAUUUUGACAUCUGUCGUCAGGAGAACUGAUAGCACUGGUCAUAUAUGAGGGAAAAUAUGUUAUAUAUAUAUUUUUUAAAACUCUGUACUUUUAAAAGUGUUCUGUUUUUAGAAUAAUGCCUUAUUAACUUCCGUCAUCAUUGUGGGUGAUCUUUGCCAUUGUGUUGAAGCAGUGGUAAAGGUAAACUGUAAUUAUAUCUCUUAAGUUAUUAACACAUAUUCUAGGACAUUGUGUCUUCUGCAAAGUGGUCAUCUCACAAGGCUGCCACUUGCUCCGUCACUGCUGCCUGGGCCUCCCUGGUACAUUUUCCUGAAAGUUCCUUCUAAGCUGGAAGCACAUUGGUUUUGGGUUUUGUUUUCUUAAUUUGAGAUAUAAUUGACAUAGAAGAUUGUGUGAGUUUGUGUGCAUCAUGUUGACUCAGUACUUCCAUAUUGCAAUAUAAUUUCCACUGUAGCAUUAGCUAACAUGUCUAUCAUGUCACAUAAUUAUCAUUUCUUCUGAGAGUAUAUUAUUUUUUUUUAAUUAAUUUAUUAUUUUUUGGGGGGUACACCAAGUUCAAUCAUCUGUUUUUAUACACAUAUCCCCGUAUUCCCUCCCUUCUGAGAGUAUAUUAUUUUAAAGGUAUCCCACUUUAAACAUUUUUUUUUCUCUCAUAGUGAUUUGAUUUUUUUUGAGUUUUAUUAUUAAAUGGUAAAAGAAAAAGGAAAAAUUUUCUUGUUAUCCCAGUGUUUUAAAAAUAGCCUUCCUGAAAUAUAAUUCACAUACAGUUCACCCAUUUACACAGUUGAGUGGCUUUUAGUAAAUUCAGAGUUGUGCAACCAAUAUCACAAUUGAUUUUAGAACAUUUUUAUCAUUCCCCAAAGAAAUCCUGUACUUCUUAGCUCUAAUCCCUUUCCCCCUCCAGCCCUAGAACUGCUAACCUAUUUUGUCUCUAUUGAUUUGCCUGUUCCAGACAUUUCGUGUAAAUGGAGUCAUACAAUAUAUGAUCCCUUGUUACUGACUUCUUUGACUUAGAAUAAUGUUUUCAGAUUUUAUCCACAUUGUGACAUGUAACAGUGCUUCAUCUCUUUUUAAAGAUUAAAAAAAAGUUAUGUACAAAGAACAAGCAUUAUUUCUUUUAUUGGGUACAUGUCUUGGAUAACCCAUUCAAGGAGCAUCACUCCAUCCAACUUGAUGAAGCCUGUAUCCUCCAUGUACUGAUGGAAAAAUUGGAGGUACAUGUUGAGGUCGUAUUUCCAGAUCAGACCAUGCUGGUCUGACCUGAUGUGGUGAGAUCAGGAAGCUUGGCUGAAUUUUUGCAGGCGGCUCUAGUAGAGCUGCUGCUGGCCCAUCCUGCUUUCAGUAGUGCAGUGAGGCAGACGGCCUUCAUUUCUUUUUAUUACCAAAUAUUCCAUUAUGUGGAUAUAGUACAUUGAAUUUAUCCAUUCAUUAGUUGAUGGACAUUUGGGUUGUUUCCACUUUUUGGCUAUCAUAACUAAUGUUGCUGUGAACAUCUGUGUACAAGUUUUUGUGAGGGUAUAUAUUUUCAUUUUUUUAAAGUAUAUACCUAGGAGUGGAAUUUCUGGUUGUAUGGUAACUAUGUUUAACCUUUUGAGGAACUGCUAAACUGUUUUCCACAGCAGCUAUACUAUUUUACAUUUACACCAGCAGUGUGUGAGGGUUCCAGUUUCUCCAUUCUUUCCAGCAUUUGUCAUGACUUGUUAAUUAUAGCCAUCCUAGUGGAUAUGAAGUGACAUCUCAUAAUGGUUUUGAUUUGCAUUUCCCUUAUAACUAAUGAUGUUGAUCAUUUUUUCAUGUACUUAUUGGCCAUUUUAUGUCUUCUCUAGAGAAAUGUCUAUUCAGAUCCUUUGUCCACUUAAAAAUUGGGUUAUUUUUCUUUUUAUAGAGUAUGAGUUCUUUAUAUAUUCUACAUACCAGUCUCUUAUUUGAAACACUGUUUGCAAAAUUUUUAAAUUGUGAUGACGUCCAGUAUUUUUGUGGUUAUUGCUUGUACUUUUGGUGCUAUAUCUAAGAAACCAGUGCUUGUCUAAAGUCAUGAAGCCUUACUCCUAUUUUUUUCUUACAAGAGUUAAAUAGUUCUAGGUCUUACAUUUAGCUCUUGGAUUCGUUUUGAGUUAAUUUUUUUAUAUGGUAGGGUAGGACUCCAGUUUUAUUCUUUUGCAUGUAGAUAUUCAGUUGUUCCAGUUCCAUUUCUUGAAGUGACUAUUUCCCCAGUGAAUUGUGUUGGCAUCCUUGUCAAAAAAUCAAUUGAUUAUAAAUGUGAGGGUUUAUUUCUGGAUUCUCCAUCUGCUUCAUUGAUCCAAAUAUCCAUCCUUAUGCCAGCACCAUGGGUCUUCAUUAGCUUUGCAGGUUUGAAAUCAAGAAAUGUGGGGGCUUCCCUGGUGGUUCAGUGGUUAAGACUCCAUGCUUCCACUGCAGGGGGUGCAGAUUCAGUCCCUGGUCAGGUAAAUAAGGUAAGAUCCCUCAUGUUGUGCAUUGCAGCCAAAAACAACGAAAAAAGGAAAUCAAGAAAUGUGUCUUUCAAUUUACUCCUCUCUCUCAAGAUUUUUUGGCUAGUCUGUGUCCUCUGCAUUUCCAUAUGAAUUUUAGGAUCACCUUCUCAAUUUUAUUGACAAAGGAGUCCACUGGGAUUUUGAUUGGGAUUGUGUUGAAUCUGUAUAUCUGGAGAGUAUCACCAUCUUAACAAUAUUAAGUCUUCUGAUCCAUGAACAUGGGAUGUCUUUGUCUUCUUUCAACAGUGUUUUAUUGUGUCAGAGUGUAGUUUUGUGCUUUUAUUUAAUUGAAGUAUAGUUGAUUUACAACUUAGAUUCAGUUGUACAGCAAAGUGAUUCAGUUAUCUAUAUAGGAUAUAUAAUAUGUUCUUUCUCAGGUUAUUUUUUAUCAUAGGUGAUCAAAAGAUAUUGAAUAUAGUUCCCUGUGCUAUACAAUACAUCCUUGUUGCUUAUCUGUUUUAUAUAUAGUAGUGUGUAUCUGUUAAUCUCAAACUCCUAAUUUAUCUGUCCCCACCCCUUUCCCCUUUGGUUUGUUUUCUAUGUCUGUGAGUCUGUUUCUGUUUUGUAAAUAAGUUCAUUUUAUUAUUUUUUUAGAGUCCACAUAUGUGAUAUCAUAUAUUUAUUGUUCUUUGACUUCAUUUAGUAUGAUAAUCUCUAGGUGCAUCUAUGUUGCUGCACAUGGAAUUAUUUCAUUCCUUUUUAUGGCUGAGAAAUAUUCCUCUGUGUGUGUGUGUAUACAUAUAUGUAUAUAUAUAUACAUACCACAUCUUCUUUGUCUAUCCAUGGAUGUUUAGGUUGCUUCCAUAUCUUGACUAUUGUAAAUAGUGCUGGUAUGAACAUAGGGGUAUAUGUAUCUUUUUGAAUUAGAGCUUUCUCUAGAUAUAUGCCCAGGUGUGGAGGAGUUGGACCAUAUGGUGACUCCAUUUUUUGUUUUCUAAUGAACUUCCAUACUGUUCUCCAUAGUGGCUGCACCAAUUUACAUUCCCACCAGCAGUGCAGGAGGGUUCCCUUUUCUCCACAUCCUCUCCAACAUUUAUUAUUUGGAGACCUUUUGAUGAUGGCCUUUCUGACUGGUGUGAAGUGAUUAUUUCAUUGUAGUUUUGAUUUACAUUUCUCUAAUAAUUAGCGAUGUUGAACAUCUUUUCAUGUGCUUGUUGGCCAUCUGUUUGUCUUCUUCAGAGAAAUAUUUAGGUUUUCUACCCUUUUUUUGAUUGGGUUCUUUUUUUUUUCUCCCCCAUAUUGAGCUCUAUAACUUGUCUGCGUAUUAUGGAAAUUAAUCCCAAGUCAGUGACAUCGUGUGCAAAUAUUUGCUCCACAGCAAAACGGGUUGUCUUUUCAUUUUGUUUAGGGUUUCCUUUGCUGUGCAAAAGCUUUUAAGUUGAGGUCCCAUUUGUAUACUUUUGUUUUUAUUUCCAUUACUCUAGGAGAUGGAUCCAAAAAAAGUAUUGCUACUAUUUAUGUCAGACAGUGUUCUGCCUGUUUUCCUCCAGGAGUUAUAAAAUAUCUGGUCUUACAUUUAAGUCUUUAAUCCAUUUUGAGUUUAUUUUGGUGUAUGGUGUUAGGGAGUGUUCUAAUUUCAUUCUUUUACAUGUAGCUAUCCAGUUUUCCCAGCACCACUUAUUGAAGAGACUGUCUUUUCUCCAUUGUAUAUUCUUGUCUCCUUUGUCAUAGAUUAAUUGAAUGUAAGUGUGUGGGUUUAUUUCUGGGUCUUCUAACCUGUUCCAUUGAUCUAUGUGUCUGUUUUUCUGCCAGUACCAUACUGUUUUGAUUACUGUAGCUUUGUAGUAUAGUCUGAAGCCAGGAAGCAUGAUUCCUUCAACUUUGUUCUUCUUUCUCAAGUUUGUUUUGGCUAUUUUGGGUCUUUUGUGUUUCUAUACAAAUUAAAAAAUUGUUUGUUCUAGCUCUGUGAAAAAUACUAUUGGUAAUUUGAUAGGGAUUGCAUUAAAUCUGUAGAUUACCUGUGUAGUAUGGUCAUUUUAACAAUAUUGAUUCUUCCAAUCCAAGAGUGUGGUAUAUCUUUCCAUCUGUUUAUGUCAUCUUUGAUUUCUUUCAUCAGUGUCUUAAAAUUUUCAGAGUACAGGUCUUUUGCCUCCUUAGGUAGGUUUAUCCCUUGCUAUUUUAUCCUUUUUGAUGCGAUCGUAGAUGGGAAUAUUUCCUUAAUUUCUCUUUCUGAUUGUUCAUUGUUAGUGUAUAGAAAUGCAACAGAUUUCUGUAUGUUAAUUUUGAAUCCUGCAACUUUACUGGAUUCAUUGGUGAGCUCUAGUAGUUUUCUAGUGGCAUCUUUAGGAUUUUCUCUCUAUAUUAUAACGUCAUCUGCAGUGACAGUUCUACUUCUUCCUUUCUAAUUUGGACUCCUUUGUUUUUCUUCUCUGAUUGUUGUGGCCAGGAUUUCCAAAACUAUGUUGAAUGAACAUGGCAAGGGUGGGCAUCCUUGCCUUGUUCCUAAGCUUAGAGGGAAAGCUUUAAGCUUUUCACUGUUGAAUAUGAUGUUAGCUGUAGGUUUGUCAUACAGCAGCCUAUCUGCUGAUGGGUGGGCAUGUGUCCCCACCCAGUUAGUUGUUUGGCCUGUGGCUCCCAGCCCUGGAGCCUACAGGCUGUUGCAUGGUGCCGGGUCUUUGUGCUAAUGAUCCAAUAUGUCAGCCACCAGGAAUGUUUGCACAGUUGAAUGUUCCGCAAUGUCUGACACCAGUGUCUAUGUCCCCCAGGUGAGCCACAGUCACUAUCCUCCCUCUCCAGGACAGUCUACAAGACCAGCAGGCAGGUUGGCCCAAGCUCCUAUCAGAUUACUGAUUUUGCCCUGGGUCCUGGUAUGUGUGAGAUAUUUUUGUGUGCCCUUUGAAGAGUGAAGUCUCUAUUUCCCCCAGUCAUGUGGGGCUCCUGCAGUAAAGGCCUGCUGGCCUUCAAAGCCAAAUGCUCUGGGGCUUUGUCUUGCCGGUGCCAGACCUGCUGGCUGGGGAGCCUGAUAUGGGGCUCAGAACUCUCACUCCUGAAACCUCUGUAAUAUAAUUAUUCUCCAGUUUGUGGGUCACCCACCUGUGGGGUAUGUGAUUUGAUUACAUUGCAAGUCCUCCCCUCCUAGCUGUCUUGUUGUGGUUCCUUCUUUAUAUCUUUAGUUGUGGAAGAUCUUUUCUGGUAGGUUCCAGUCUUCUUCAUGGAUGGCUGUUCUACAGAGAGUUGUUACUUUGAUGUGCUCGUGAGAGAAGGUGAGCUCAGGGUCUUUUACUCUGCCAUCUUCCACACCUACUCUUUACUUUCAUUGAAUUUAUUCCUAAGUAUUUUUUUUUUGAUCCUAUGAAAAUAUACUUAGUUUUGGUUGUUCAUUGCUAUAGUAUAGAAAGUCAAUUUUUGUAUAUUGAUCUUGUAUCUUGUAACCUUGCUAAACUCAUAUUAGUUUUAAUAGGUUUUUUAGUGGAUUGCUUAAGAUUUUUGUAUAUACAAGAUUGUAUCAUCUGCAAGUAGAGUUUGUUUUACUUCUUCCUUUCCAGUCUACUUGCCUUUUAUUUCCUUGUCAUAUUGUCAAAUGUAAGUGGCAAGAUUGGACAUCCUGUCUUGUCGCUGUGAAUUUACAAAGCCUGCCAGGCACUCUACAAGAAUGAAAACGUUGGCCCUAUAAGGUAUAGUAUUGUUUUUUUUUAAAGAUAGCAUGACUAAAAUGUAUACAUUUUAAAAGUUUUUAAAAAUGUAUUUUAUGGAGGGUAGAUGUGAUCCUUGAGUUAAGCUCAAGUUCAGGCUUUGUCACCCAAAAUAAAUGUACCGUUAGUCUUGGAGGUGUUCCUGUUUGCAGGCCGUCUUAGCAUUUUCACAUAUGUGUCACGCCUCUCCUCACGAAUGUACUGGAAUGUAGAUAUGACCUUCAGUAUCACAGAUGGGGAAACGGACUCACAGUAAUUAAAUUUUAUGCUGCCAAUGAGUACCAGAGCUGGACUUCAAACCCCAAACCCAGAUCGAAUUUCAAAACCUAAGCCCUUCUGCUCUCGCUUUUCAAGUUUAUGACAAAAUCUUACCCCUUUAGAGAAUGAUGUAACUGUAAGUAUUUUGUAGGGCCCAGUCUGUAAAACAAAGAUAUAUUCAAAGCACCCCCAAAAAAGAGCAUGUCUUUUUUUUGGCUUUU